CGCCGCCCCGCCCGCAAUCCCGGCCCCCCGCCCCGCCGGCCGCCCCCGCCGCGCUUGCCACGUCCCCGCUCGGCGGGGCCAAUGGGCGGGCGGCGCCAGGUGUGUGCUACCUGCACCACGUGGGGCGGGGGGGGCAGGUAGGGCCGCGGCCCCGCGCAGAAAAGCCCGCAGCCAUUGCGCGCUUCCCAGGGGUGCAGCCGGCGUGGGAGCGGCCGCUGCCCGCCCCGGGAAGGAGAGGGGGUGGGAAGGGAAGGGGGGCAGCCCGCCGUGCGCGUCCCCCGCGCCAGGUCCUCGGGGGUGCGGCUGCAGCUGGGGGCUCAGCCGCUCGGGUCUCGCUCGGAAGUACCUCGGGCAGGGAAAGUUUCUGGCCUUUUUCUCUUCCUUCCCCCCCCCCCCUUCACCCCUUUCCCCCUUUUUUUUGCUGCUUUCCACUGACCCGGUGGCACCAUGACGGCGUCUCCCGACUACCUGGUGAUCCUCUUCGUGACCACGGCGGGCACCAACGGGGCAAGGCUGGGCUCGGAUGAGCGAGAGCUGCUCCAGCUCCUGUGGAAAGUGGUCGACCUGAGGAGUAAGGAGCUGGGGCACCUGCACGAUGUGCUGGUCCGGCCUGACCACCUGGAGCUGACGGCUGAGUGCCAGGAGAUCGCCCAGGUGGAUGUGGAGAGCCUGGCCCUGGCCGCACCGCUGGAGCAGGCGUUGAGACAGUUUAAUCAGUCUGUGAGCAAUGAGCUGAACAUCGGUGUAGGUACUUCCUUCUGUUUCUGUACUGAUGGACAGUUGCACAUUAGGCAGGUUCUGCACCCUGAAGCUUCCAAAAAGAAUAUCUUGCUGCCUGAAUGCUUCUACUCCUUUUUUGACUUGCGGAAAGAGUUCAAGAAGUGUUGCCCUGGCUCACCUGACCUUAGCAAGCUCAACGUUGCAGCCAUGACAGAAUAUUUAAAUCUUGGCAAGAACAGUCCAACGUUUCCCUAUGGAGCCUCUCAGGUUGAAGAUAUGGGAAAUAUUAUUUUAACACUAAUAUCUGAACCAUACAAUCACCGAUUUUCAGAUCCAGAAAGAGUAAACUACAAAUUUGAAAGUGGGCCUUGCAGCAAGAUGGAACUUGUGGAUGACAAUGCUGUUAUCCGAGCAAGAGGAUUGCCAUGGCAGUCAUCCGACCAGGACAUAGCGAGAUUCUUCAAAGGCCUAAACAUAGCCAAGGGAGGUGCUGCGCUCUGCCUCAAUGCCCAGGGUAGGAGAAAUGGGGAGGCUCUUGUGAGGUUCGUAAGUGAAGAGCAUAGAGAUCUAGCACUACAAAGGCACAAGCACCACAUGGGGAAUCGAUACAUUGAGGUAUACAAGGCAACAGGUGAAGACUUCCUUAAAAUCGCAGGAGGCACUUCCAACGAGGUUGCACAGUUCUUGUCGAAAGAGAACCAAGUGAUUGUCAGGAUGCGAGGUCUUCCUUUCAACGUAACGACAGAAGAAGUGCUGACAUUCUUUGGUCAGCACUGCCCUGUAACAGGAGGAAAGGAGGGAAUCCUAUUUGUCACAUACCCUGACAGCAGGCCAACAGGGGAUGCCUUUGUCUUGUUUGCUUGUGAAGAAUAUGCACAAAAUGCACUGAAAAAGCAUAAGGACUUGCUAGGGAAGAGGUACAUUGAACUCUUUAGGAGCACUGCAGCAGAAGUUCAGCAGGUGCUGAACCGGUACUCUUCCACACCUCUCAUUCCUCUCCCAACACCUCCAAUUCUUCCAGUAUUACCUCAGCAAUUUGUGCCUCCCACUAAUGUCAGAGACUGUAUACGUUUGCGUGGUCUUCCCUAUGCUGCUACUAUAGAGGACAUCCUGGAGUUCUUGGGGGAGUUUUCUACAGAUAUUCGGACCCAUGGAGUUCACAUGGUACUAAAUCACCAGGGACGUCCGUCAGGAGAUGCUUUUAUUCAGAUGAAAUCUGCAGACCGAGCUUUUCUGGCUGCACAGAAGUGUCAUAAGAAGACUAUGAAGGACAGAUAUGUUGAAGUCUUUCAAUGUUCUGCUGAGGAGAUGAACUUUGUAUUAAUGGGGGGCACUUUAAAUCGAAAUGGCUUGUCCCCACCACCAUGUAAGUUACCAUGCCUUUCACCCCCUUCCUACUCUUUUCCGGCUCCUGCUGCGGUUGUGCCAACAGAAGCUGCUCUGUAUCAGCCAUCCAUGCUCCUGAACCCACGAACGCUUCAGCCCUCCACAGCGUACUACCCUGCUGGGACUCAGCUCUUCAUGAACUACACAGCAUACUACCCCAGUAUGCAGCAGAGGAUGGACUUGUACACACAAGUGAUCCGGCCAGGACAGUGUCCAAAGAAUGGAUUUGCAUUUAAAGGCCCCAGCAGUUAGACUUCCUUAGAGAAGUGACCUGCACAACUUUUUCAUGCAGAUUCCCCUACCCUUUCUGAUGUUUUGAACAAACACAGCAAGCCUAGAUGGAGAUUUUUGUAUUCCCAGUUUUUCCACUGCUCAAGUCAAUUGUGCUCGAGAAAAGUCAUCAGAACUCUGGAAAUCAGCAGAUGGGCCUCUGUUUUAAAGUUAAUGCACAGUUUUCAGACAUGCGCACAUAGAUCACUAAGCCUUUCACUGAGAGCAAGCCCCUGAGGGCUGCUUCUUGAUAAAGAAAGUAUUAAGCUGCUCUUAGCACAGGAAUAGUUUAGCCUGAACCUACAAAGUCUGAUCUACUAUGUUCUCUGAAAUAACAAGUCUUUUUUUACCUAAUUUUGCACACAAAGUUGUUCUUUUUUAAAAAAGGAAGUAUUUUAAGACCUCUAAUUGUGCUUCUGACAUUUUUAUAAAAAACUUGUUUUCUUGUCUUGUACAUAUUUGUCUAAUCUGUGCAAAAGAAGCCUCUGUAAACUUUGUAUACAGGCAUAUUUUACACAGUGCAGAAAUAAUUAGGAAUGUAAAAUGGAUUAUCUGAGUAAGAAAUGCUGUAACUUUGUAAAAAUAUAAGUGCAAGAUGUUAAAUGCUUUGUCUCAGAUUCUUAUUUUGUAUGCUUUCCAUAUGUACUUGGGUAUUUAAAUUUAAAAUGGUUUACAGGAGUAGGCAUUUUCAAACUUUGAUCACACUGCUUAGUCAGAAAACGAGAACUGCAGUUCACAUAUCUCCCAUGAUACUAUUUUAUUUGUUGAACACCAAGCAGGGUAGGUAGAACAGGAAGUAGAACAAUCUCAUAUUUAAGAGAAGUAAUUUGAUCUGUUGUAAGACCCAGGACCUUGUCUGCUUUAAGGGGGGGGUGAGGUGUUUCAGGUAGGGACAGUAGUUUGCGUUAGGUCUCUCUGAACUAGAGCAAGUACUCUUUGACCAUAACUCAGCACCACAACUGUCACUCUUACCAAAGAAAGGAGAUUAUGUACAUGCUCUUACUUAAACUAAUGUCUUUUAGCAGUCUGUG